ACACUCACACUCACACUCACACACACACACACACACACACACACACACACACACACACACACACACAGCGCUGAAAAGGAGGAGCAUGGCCUUAGAGGCAGGAGAGGAGGUGGGAGGGAGUGGGAGGAGGAGAGGGAGAAGAGGAGGAGGGAGGGGGACGCUCUGACACCCAGUGGGCACAGCCUAGAGAGGAGAAAGAAGGAGGCGGAGAAAGGAGGCAAAGGCGCCGGUUGCUGGAGUGUAGAUGCAAGAGUUGCGGCCGGAGAGCAGGGAGCGACCGGUGUCCCACGCACAGGACCCAGGAGGGCCCUAGUGGGAAGAAAGGAAGGAAAGGAUAAUGCCUUUGCUGCUGCUGUUGCUGCUGCUGCUGCCAACCCAGGAUCCCGAGGAGGAGUCGUGACUCAAGCUUGCCAUGGACCCAAAGACGGGCGGAGGCGAGGAGGAGGAGGAUGACUGUGUGGACUCGGGAGCUGAGACCGGCGGGUCAGACUACAGCCAUAUGUCCUCUACCAGCAGUGAGCUUUCUGUGGAAGACACUCAGGAUCCCUUCCUUGUCAGCGUCCACGUUAUCACUGACCCAGGUGAGUCCAAAGCCCUCCAGGAAGCCAUUGACAAGGUGUUGGCUUGGAUCCACCCAGAUCUCCAGCUUUUCCGUGUGUCUGAAAGGAGAGUGGCUCGGAAACGGAAGAGGCAGAACAAAACUUCCCAGCCAGCCCUUGCUAUCGUUCUCUUCCUACAGGAGGAAUAUGGAGAAGAGCAGAUCUUGGAACUCCAUGAAACUUUUCAGAGGCCCCCAUGGCACUACCACCACACAGAGAGAGUCCAUGGCAGGUUCCUCCCCUAUCUACCCUGCAGUCAGGAUUUCUUCACUCUGGCCCCAGGAACCCCUCUAUGGGCCAUACGACCGGUGCAUUAUGGAAAAGAAAUUGUCCGUUUCACCAUCUACUGCAGGCAUGAGAAUUUUGCUGACAUCCUGAAGCUCUAUGAGCUGAUCCUGAAAAGGAACCCAAGUCAGAGGAAGUCAGACUUCUGCAUUUUCCCCAUUUAUUCAAAUUUGGAUGUGGAUAUCCAGUUCUCUCUGAAAAGACUCCCCAGUGGCCAGAUACCAGUGCCCACAGACUCCUCUGUGCUAGAGUUCCGAGUGAAGGAUAUUGGGCAGCUCGUCCCUCUUUUACCCAAUCCCUGUAGUCCAAUAAGUGAAGGAAGAUGGCAGACUGAAGAUCAUGAUGGGAACAAGAUUCUUUUGCAGGCACACAGUUUGUAUAGGAAAUCUUCUAAGGCCAGCAAGCUUCAUUGCUACUCAGAGAAGACUUCUUCCUUCAUCCCUCCAUCUAGCUUCAUUCCACGGAGUCGCACACUCAGCAGCAGCCAGCAGCCACAAUCAGGCCGUCCAGCCAAUGGGCUCUACCAGCCUGACCUAGCUCCUGGAGAUCAGGGAGAAUGGACUCAAAGAAACAGCAGUGCUCGCUACCCAACAUGGUCAUUCCCAAGGAGCAAGUCAUUGUUUUGUUUGCCCACUGGAGGAACGACCUCUGACUCCUUGCCGGUGACUGAACCACUCUGGCUUUUAAACAGAGGUUCCCCAGCAGUAGAGGAGUCAGAACGGAAACAGAACCCCAAGCUCUCCGUUGAUGACUUAGAGGGUGCCCAAGAAACUGAUGUGGACACAGGCCUAAAACUUUCUUUCUCAGACUUGUCUGUGGUCUCAGCCUAUUCAGCUCCUAGUGGGUUUUGUAAUAAUUUGGAAACUUUCCUCCCUCCGAGAAAAUGUCCACCCCAUUGGUCAAAGCCAGGAACUUCCAAAGGAAGGCCACUCUCUGCUUCAAGUGGUGUGCCAGCGGAGGCCUCCUGCACUUCCCUUUCCUCAUUUACUGAGGAGUCAUCCAGCUCUACCCCGUCAUCUGCAGCAUCUCCCUUUGCAUCUUCCUCCACACUCAAGGAGACCUCUGAGCCCCCCACUUCCCUUUCUGCAGAAGUCAAGCAAAUUAGCAACAACUUCCAACAACUUGCAGAGCCUCCUGGACCCCCAACUCAAGAAAUCGAAGAGUUCUACAUCUGAAUUUUUUCCUCACUAUCACUCCAUACUUGGUGUCUUGUCUCAAAAAUUCUCGCCUACUCCUGGCCCCACUACGCGGCUGAGUUACAAAUACUGAGAGUAUUUAUGUCGCAAUGUAGAAACUCCUCUGGAAAUGAAUUAUUUGCCCCAGUUUCUAAGAAAUUAGUAACAUAUGUGAUAUAAUCAUUGCUUCUUAGCAGAGAGCCGAUCUUUUUCCAGAGGCAAUGGAGAAACAUUGACAUUAUUAGACCAAUAAUGUGUAUCUUUAAAUUGCAAAAUUUCGUUUUAAAAAGAGACUCAACUUACAGGCAUAAUUUAUUGCUUGCAUAACUCAAACACAUCUUUUUAUGACCUGAAAUAGAAAAAAAAUAAGCCAGCCUAUGUAAUUAAUGGUUUGAUAAUUCUUACAACUAUGAAGCAAAAUAAUUAAAGCCAGAAUAUUGAAAUUUGGAAAA